AUGCGAGAAGCGGGUGGCAGGAUGGCCGAACUCGAGUUCGAGGCACCGCUCGCACAGAUAGAAGAUGCUGAUGAUUGUCUGUCAUCGGCUGACUAUCCACAGAAAACUAUUAACGGAAAUGAUUUACAUCUGAACAAUAUAAACCAUUUGAAAAGUGAAAUGACCAAAAUGAAAACUGACUCCAAUAAAAUAAAUGACAACGACGAAUCGAGACCGGUGAAGUGCAAACAGGAUAAUAUGCAAAACGUCGAAGGAGAUAAUUUUACGGAGACAUUCUCUGGUUCACUGGAAGAUCUAGUGAACACCUUCGAUGAAAAGAUUACGAAGUGCUUCGGAAACUAUGAGGAGAGUGUUGAAAAAUUUGCGCCAGUCCAGGUUCGCUCCCAGGAAGAGAUAAUGAACGAGUGCCAAAUGUGGUGGACGAUAACUGGCAAUUUCGGAAACAUCCUACCGAUCGACUGGACCAAGUCUUUCUCCAGGAAAAUGCACAUCCCUACUCUGAACCUCAGUGACAAAAAGAGUGCCAUGACACCGGAUGAUGAGAUCCACAGCUCGGAGGACGAAGCAGUAGCGUCGGACUUGGACAUGCAUGCGCUCAUUCUUGGUGGCUUGCAUCAGGAUCACGAGUGCCCUGUGAAGACCGCUGACGAGGUCAUUCAGGAGAUAGACGAUAUGAUGCAAGAAACGCCGUCUUCAGAAGGUGAUAUUCUGGAAUACAACGAGGCACUGGAAAAGGGAAAGGAGGUGCUGAAUUCACCACUCUAUGAAGAUAAACUCCGUCAAUUAUCCCUUGCCCAGUUGAACGAAAUCUUCAUGGAACUGGAGGUGCUCAUUCGAGAAUUUUCUGAGACAUUAAUUGCCGAGCUAGCGCUUCGCGACGAAUUGGAAUACGAGAAGGAGCUGAAAAAUACUUUCAUAUCGUUGCUUCUGGCAGUCCAGAACAAACGCAGACAAUACCAUAUAGAGAAGAAGAAGAGACCAGGUCCUCCGAGAUCGCCUAAUCUAAACACCAGCCAUUCGGAACCUAAGUACUUGACGACGGUGAUACCGUUCCACCUGGACAAUGGGCCGCCCGACAACCAGUCGCUGCAAGUACUGAUUAAAAUAUUGAAGGCGAUAAACGAAGACAGCCCUACGGUGCCCACGCUCUUAACGGACUAUAUCUUAAAGGUCCUUUGCCCUACAUAA